AUGGUGAGCUGGUGGGUGGCAACCGCAGCGAGCGUGGGCGCCGGCGCAGCCCUGGUAGCUGCUCUCCACAUUCGCUCCCGACGUCGACCGGCGGUCCGGAGCUGGUGGCAGGGAGUGGAGGUGCGGCCGAGCCGCAUCGAUGGUGCAGGCGACGGAUUAUUCACGACGCGCCGCUUUGUCGUGGGCGAGGUGCUCGGACUCUACUAUGGUCGAGUGCUGAGUCUGGUGGAGGCGACGAGGCUGUCCAACCGUGACUACCUUAUGGGCGGGUUCGGUCUCAAUGCGCACGCGCGCUUCGCACUCGAUGCUCCCGCCCGCUACGUCAACGACCACUUCGACAGAGACUGCCUCAACGCGCGCUUUGUAAAGAGCAGAGCGGAGCGGCGAGCGCGCCUCGUGGCCACGCGGACCAUUCUGCCAGGCGAAGAGGUGUACGCGGCAUACGGCCAGGCCUACUGGCGGGCACGAGGCAUCGACCCACUGGGGCCUCCCGCUGCCGUUGCCGCAGAGCAUGGAGGAUGAGCCCUCGUGAGGGUGUCUCCCAUAAAGUGAUCCAAUUUAGUCUUUCUUACCACAAAUUAUGAAUGUAACAUGUAAAA